CGGAGUUGUGAAGUCAUGGCGGAGCUCCGCCGCGCCUCUGAUCGCUGGAGUUACGGCGAUCAUUUGUGAUAAACUGUCAAACUUUAUAACAAAUCUAAAAUGACCGAAAGCGAGGCAAAGUUGCGAGCGGCGACGGACCAGCGUCAAACGAUCUGAAACCGAGAGCUGGCAAAGAUGUGAGACUCUCCGGAGCCGAAGAAGAAGAAGAAGAAGAAAAAAACCGUUGGAGUCUCCCAAAGUCGCAAACAUGGCUUCUUGUUUCUUUCAAUUUCACACAGAAAACUCUUUAACCGGAGCUUCGUUGUUUUCAGCGCUUUGUGUCGCUCUGUGAUGGAUCCCAAGCACAAAGAGUUGUUAGAGCAGUGCCAGCAAAAGUUGUCGGAGUCCGUCACAGAUGUGGAUGUGGUUGUGGAGCUGCUGGCCCAGUCAGGCUGCUUGAGUCCGGCUGAGAGAGCAGAGCUGGACGCGGACUGCUCCAGCAGCGCCGAGAAGCUCCGUCUGCUCCUCAGGACGCUGCUGGAGAAGAAGGACAGGGACCAUUUCCAGGAGUUCUGCUGGGCUCUGGAGAAAACCCAGCCGGUGCUGCUCGGCGCUCUGCUGCCUGUGGAGAACCACCACAACACGGGUUCCACGUGCAGCGUUCUGUCUGCGAUGCCGUCGGACUCGGAGAGCAGCAGUUCUCUCAGCAGUGUCGCAUCCUCACCUCCUCCUGCUCACCUGGACAAGCAUGUGAUGAGUGAGAAACUGGAGACGGUGAACUUCCAGCUCAGACAGGUGACCCGCGAGCGAGACGACCUGCGCAAACGACUGGCCCUCUCCUCGCCGGGCACCACCUUCGACGACUGCGGGCCGAGUGUGAAGCCGGGUCACGAUUACGAGCGUCUGAAGCUGCAGUGCAUGAAGGCCAUGUCAGACCUGCAGUCUCUCCAGAACCAGCACACCAAAACCCUGAAGAGAUGUGAGGAGGCCGUGAGAGACGCCGAUUACUACCACACUCUUCACGGGCGUGCGGUCGGUGAACAGACGCAGCUGCGGGACGAGAUGGAGGCCAUGAAGCAGAACUACUCUCAGCUCCUGCAGCAGCACUCACAGCUGCAGCAGACCUGCGACGAGCUGCGCCGUGUCCAUGAUAACGACCAGCGCGAGGUGGCAGACAUGCGCCUGCAGCAGCAACAGGUCAUGAGGGAGAAUGGCUCCUCUGAACUGCUGAAUAAGCUUUACGAUACGGCCUUAAACAAGCUGGAGGGGAUGAAGAAAGAGUACGACGCCCUGAGGAAACGAUACAAUGAGAAAAUGGCGAGCCACAACGCCGAUCUGAGCCGCCUGGAGCAGAUGGAGGAGGAGAACCGGCGUCUGCAGAAACAGCAGGACGUUCUGCUGAAGCAGAGAGACUCGGCGCUGCACUUCCAGCAGCAGUACAGCGGCUCUGUCAGGAGGUUCGAGAGUCUCCAGCAGGAGCUGAAUAAGGCGUCCGCUCAGAACGAGGAGCUGCAGAGAGAAACCGAUCGGCUGCAGAUGGAGAACACGCGCUAUAAGACCCUGCAGCUGAAGGCCGUGAAAGACGCCGAGAAGCUGAAGGAGGAGAGAGACUCCGUGUUCAACGAAUACAGGCUGAUCAUGAGCGAGAGAGAUCAGGUCAUCAAAGAGGUGGAUAAACUCCAGACCGGACUGGAUGCGGCUGAAGCCAGACUCAAGAACACGUCUAGCGAGAGGAGGGUCGCCGGCGAGGAGAUCGAGGCUCUCAGACAGGAGCUGAACUCGGCUCUGUUGGACCGGGACCGGGCGAUCCGAGAGAAGACCGAGCUGCUGGAGAAAUACUGUCACGAGGUGCAGGACAAAGCCGAGACGCAGAAGGAGCUGAGCCAGGCCUGUAAGGACAUCGAGAUGGUGCGAGAGGAGCGUGACGUGGCCCGUAAAGAGCGAACAGAGGCCAUCAUCCAGAGAGACCAGCUCCUGAGAGAGUAUUAUCAGGCCAGACAGAAGCAGGAUAGCGCGACGCUGGACAUGGAGCGUGUAAGUAAGGAGCUGGAGGUUCUGAGGAAGCAGUGCGAGGCCGUUUCGGAGGAGCUCCAGGAGGCUGUGCAGGAGGCAGAAGUGGCCAAGUGCCGCAGAGACUGGGCCUUCCAGGAGAGAGACAAGAUCGUAGCAGAGAGAGAGAGCAUACG